UAUCUCUCCCAAAAACAACAUGUCUAAGUGUGUUUUACUCUCAAUUCUGUUCAUCAUCGUGAGUGUCAACUGCUCAGAGUUAAGAGGCGGGCUUAAACCAUUAACUGCUGAGAGCACAGAAAAGGAAAAACGUGCACUAAAGGUUGCUGUUGGCUGGAUCGAUUGUAAACGUAUAGCUGUAUAUACACAAAGCCCAAGAAUGUUCUUUUUCAUUCCAAGUUCCAAUAGAGACCUGAAUAUCACCAUUAUAAUUGAGAACGAUAAAAGUGUCUAUGUUACUGACAACUAUAUCUUGAACAUGGGCGCGGUAAAAUCAAUACAUAUUUACGACAAAGGAUUUGAGACAUGUAAUACAUACAAAGUAAAAUGGAUCUCAAAAGAAGCCAUCACUUCUAAGAACGCUAGAAUACGGAAUGGAAAACCUAUAUCCGACUAUGUUGACAAAGGAGAACAGACUGUUAAAAUGCCGUGCAAAUGCAAACAGUCUGUUAUACACAUGAAAAACUUCCAACUUCAAACUUUUAAUGGCGGUAAAUACACAUAUCCAGUACAGAAGAAUGGUCCAUGCAUGUACACGUUGCUACGUUCUUGUCGACCCGACACACAGAUUCACAUAAAUGCAAGCAUAAUCUCUAAUCAAAAUGGUUCUGGUUUAAUUUCUAUGGUAUUGUGUUUUCCAAAACCGUUUGCUCACGAAGUUAUAUUAUCACCUACAGAACCAGCUAAA